AUGAGCGAAGUGAAGCCCCUCACCGUGUACUCGCCCGCCCCCACCAGCAAGAAGAGGCACCCGGUCAAGUCCAUCAUCAGCGGUGGUCUGGGCGGUGCCAUCGAGAUCUGUAUUACCAUGCCCACAGAGUACAUCAAGACGCAGAUGCAGCUGUACCCGGCCAAGUACGGCAAGGAGGGCGUCAUGUACUGCGUGCGUGACACCGUCAAGAACCAUGGCGUACUCGGCCUCUGGCGAGGUCUGGGUCCGCUGGUGGUGUUUGCCGUGCCGAAGAACGCCGUCCGUUUCUUCUUUGUGGAGAUGAUCCGAAACCAGCUGCGAAACGAUAAGGGCGCGAUUUCCCUCAGCGGUAACUUCUUUGCUGGUCUGUGCGGUGGUUUGAUGGAGGCCGUGCUCGUCGUCACUCCCCAGGAAACCAUGAAAGUGCGACUCAUUCACGAUCGCCUGUCGCCCAACCCCAGAUUCCAUGGCACCUUCCAUGGCAUCACCACCCUCCUCAAGGAGCAGGGCAUCAGCGGCUGCUACAAGGGCUUGACGGCGACGAUGAUCAAGCAGGGCAGCAACCAGGCCCUGAGGUUCACCACCUUCUACCAGCUCAAGACGUGGAUGCUGGGCGACCCCGCCCUCGACUUUGAUCGCAGCACCAUCAAGGCCGUGUUCCAGACAAUAUUUGCUGGUGCGACGGCUGGCGCCGUGAGCGUGUUCGGUAACACGCCGAUCGACGUGAUCAAGACCAAGAUGCAGGGGCUCGAGGCCAGCAAGUACCGCAACACCUGGGACUGCGUCCAGCAGACCUGGAAGGCGGACGGCCUCAAGGGCUUCUACAAGGGCACCGUGCCCCGGCUCGGCCGCGUGUGCGCCGACGUCGCCAUCACCAUGUUCCUCUUCGACUACAUCACCAUGGCCCUCGACGCCGUCUGGAAGACCGAAUAA